AUGCAGUGGAGCAGAGGGGAAAAGCUGGGAAGUGGUGCUUCCGGGACGGUGUACGUGGCUCAUGUUCUGCAAGAUCAAUGUUCCAUCAAGAACGGCCUUCCUUCCAAUGUCAUGGCCGUCAAAUCUGCGGAAGUUGAGUGGGCUGGCCCGCUUUUGAAGGAGAAGAAACUGCUGACUCGCUUCCAGUCUUGUCCCCAUGUUAUUCGCUGUUUUGGGGACAAUAUCACAGACGAAAAUGGUGUCCAAAUGUACAACCUCUGGCUGGAAUAUGCCUCGGGUGGUAGUUUGGCCGAUCGGCUUACGAGGUUGGGUAGAGGGUUAUCCGAGGAUGAGGUCCGAAAGCACACUCAGUCCGUUUUGAAGGGUCUGCGCCACCUUCACAUGCAAGGAUACGUUCAUUGUGACCUCAAGCCUCACAACAUCUUGCUGGUGCAAGAAGAUGCCAAGAUCGCCGAUCUUGGGUCAGCAAAGAAGGCUGGAAACACACUGAAGAAGAAGCAACGCAAGCCGAGUCUCAGGGGCACGCCUAUGUACAUGGCACCGGAGUCCAUCCGCCAACAAGACUACCAGCCCGAGACCGAUAUUUGGGCCCUUGGCUGCACCGUUUUGCAGCUCAUCACCGGGAAGGAGCCCUGGAGGUGUGAUCCAGGAAUGGCAUCUGUGGCUUUGAUGUAUAGGAUUGCCAGCACAGACAAAGUUCCAGAAAUUCCUAGCGCCGAGUUGAUGUCUUCUGAGGUCAGAGAUUUUCUAAACAAGUGCUUGGUUAGGGAUCCCAAGUCUAGGUGGACCGCUGACGAGCUCUUGGGCCAUCCUUUUCUUUCGGCUACCCAGGGAAUUCAAGAGCAAUCAAACAAGAAAGCAUUGGCUGUACAUGAAGGUAAGAAAGCAACGCAUAGCUCACCAAUGUCCCAGAGUUCAUUAGGCCAAUUGAUCAGGCCAAACUUGAUUCUGUACCCUUCAGUUGUAGUUGCUUGUGGAGAGAGGAGGAGAAUCGAGAAGGAAGCAGAGCUGUUUGCAGUAUACUAGCAGUUUCAAGCAAGAUCUCCAGGCGUAGCACUGGAAUGCCAAGAGAUUUUCAGUCUUACCAAA